AUGAACGAACCUACUUUUUCUUAUUCAGGUGAAAAUUGUAGUGCUAAUGCUUACUGUAUUGAUCGUGUUCGAUAUCCAUGUUCUCCGGCAUCUCAUUUAUCCAAUAUAACCUGUUCGAAUUCUCACCACGAUUGUUGCACAUCUACAUCGAUAUCAAUGGAUUCAUCAUUAAUUAUUUCUACUGGAUCAAAUUAUCAAAGCUGGAACAUUCUUUUACCAAUUUAUUAUUUUUCAUUUCAUGGCACAUCGAAAUGGGAUAAAUUCUUUUUUAAUUCUUGGCUACGUAUGGGCAGUGAUAUCUCUCAUGAUUUUGUUAACGAUGAAUUUUUAUUCUCCUGUACAAGUAUUUUUAUAGAGCCAACAUUAUUGUUAACGCACGAUUCAUGUUUACCAACACGUUUGACAAGUAAUGAUAGACGUUCGAUAUUAUUUUCACUGACGAAAAAGGCUGAUAAUGACGAAUAUGAUAGAGUAGCAUUACAUAUUGAUACCUAUCAAAUCUAUUCACCAUUUCAAUUAGUACGACUCGCAUAUCAACAUGAUUUUCUUGUUAAUAAAACAUUUAAAAAGCUAAAUAACAUAAAAUUAAAUAAAGAAAAAAUCAAUGAACUUUAUUGUGUUCUGGUUUUCAAUGAAAAUGAUAUAAGACAAGUUCGAUUAAUAAAUGAUUUCGAACGACAAUUUAUUUUCUACGAUAAUAUUUCUUUAUUUUCAUUUGUUAAUACAAAUGAUGGUGAUGAUGAUGAUGAAUGGUCAUUUUCACCUAUUCUCUGUAUUCUUGAUGACAACGUAAAAGAUUGGACAAUCGUUGGUAUUAGCGGGCAACAACUUAAACAUAAAUGUACGAUUAUUAAUCAAAUAAAAUAUUGUCAAAUGACAUUUGUCUAUUCAUCAACAUGGAUCGAUAACUAA